GCUUUCUACUGGAACAUGCUGUUCCCUUCUCUGCAUUUUUGACGGACAGCUUUGGGCGUCAGCACAACUACUUGCGAAUUUCUUUAACCGAAAAAUGCAACCUCCGGUGUCAGUAUUGUAUGCCAGAGGAAGGUGUUCAGCUGACCCCUAAAUCAGAGCUACUUACUGCUCAGGAGAUAAUCACCCUAGCCAGACUGUUUGUGAAGGAAGGCGUAGAGAAGAUCCGACUGACAGGAGGAGAGCCACUUAUCCGUCCCGAUGUGGUUGAUAUUGUGGGUCAACUGUACAAGCUAGAAGGGCUGAAAACCAUUGCCGUCACAACCAACGGGAUCAACUUAGCCAGAUUGCUGCCCCGAUUGAAGGAGGCAGGACUGAACGCCAUUAACAUUAGCCUGGAUACUUUGGUCCCAGCUAAAUUUGAGUUCAUUGUCCGAAGGAAAGGCUUUCACAAGGUAAUGGAAGGAAUCCACAAAGCCACUGAACUUGGCUACCGUCCUGUUAAGGUAAACUGUGUGGUGAUGCGAGGCUUCAAUGAGGAUGAACUGCUGGGCUUUGUGGAUUUCACGAAGGAUCUGCCCCUUGAUGUGCGGUUCAUAGAAUACAUGCCCUUUGACGGCAAUAAAUGGAACUUCAAGAAGAUGGUGAGCUACAAAGAAAUGCUUGAUACAAUUAAACAGCGAUGGCCUGAAUUGGAGAAAUUGCCCUGUGAAGCUUCCAGCACAUCCAAGAGUUAUAAGGUGCCACAUUUCCAGGGACAAAUCAGCUUUAUCACCUCCAUGUCAGAGCACUUCUGUGGGUCCUGCAAUCGGCUGAGGAUAACCGCAGAUGGGAACCUAAAGGUGUGCCUUUUUGGGAAUUCAGAAGUGUCCUUGAGAGAUCACCUACGGUCGGGUGCCUCCGAGGAAGAGUUGGUUCAAAUCAUUGGAGCAGCAGUGGGCAGAAAAAAGAAACAGCAUGCUGGCAUGUUUAACAUUUCCCAGAUGAAAAACCGGCCAAUGAUCCUGAUUGAGCCUGCAUUGCUGUCAUUCCCACUAGGCCAAGAUGCCCUACAGAAUCACCCAAAUUCAGAACAGUGGGGCCGCACAUUUAGCCACUGGCUGACUUUGAGAGCAAGUUUACCCGAACAAAUGGGAAAAGCAUUAAUGAAAAAUAAGCUUACAGGACAACUUCUCCUGCCAGGAUCUCACCCAGAGCGACAGUGGCACAUAAUGACAGGAAUUCCACAAAUCCAGCUCAGAGGCUGCUGUGUCUUCCAGAAGGACCCAAGCUCCACGUUUGACACAAAGUGCCUUGAGGCUUCUCCUGUUGGCCAGGUUUCUGUGGACUGUCAGUCCAAAGAGGCAAAUCCAGGAUCUGAAUUCUGUACCAGGGAUUUGGGAUCUUGCAUCGAGGUAACUCGUGACUCUGACAACUUGACUCACACUGAUGAGGAAGGACGGGCCACAAUGGUAGAUGUUGGGGGGAAGCCAGAUUCAAGAAGAAUUGCUGUUGCUGGUGCUGUGGUCCGCCUGGGUGAGAAGGCAUUUGGGAUGGUGAGGCAGAACCAGGUGAAAAAAGGGGAUGUGCUGGCAGUAGCCCAGAUUGCAGGAAUCCAGGGAGCCAAGCUGACCAGCCAGUUGAUCCCGUUGUGUCACAACAUCCCCCUAAACCAUGUUGAGGUGUCCCUGAGCCUGGAUGAGGCCAGAUACGCAGUGGUGAUUCGCAGCUCCUGUCAGACCUGGGGGAGGACAGGUGUGGAGAUGGAAGCUCUAACAGCUGCCAGCCUGGCUGCCCUGACUGUGUAUGACAUGUGCAAAGCAGUCACUCAUGACAUUGUGAUCGAAGAGGUGAAGUUGCUUAGUAAGACAGGUGGGCGAAGGGGAGACUUCUUGAGGGUCUAG